GGUUUUUUCACACAGAAGAAAAGUGUGUGUGUAACGUUUUAUUGGCAACAUUGGUAACUCGUUUUUUUGGCUAAUUUAUUUCGUGUUUUUGUGUAUUUUCCUUCGAUUUUCCAUAUCCCAUUUCUCUCUUUUUUUGUAUUUUUUUACAGUGAUUGGCAUCCUUAAGUUGGUAAAUUGAUUAUUAACAAUGUCAGAUUUAAAUAAACUUGCCGACAUUUUCAGGGGGACUAUUGAUCCCAAUGAAAGGGAAAGUGCAGAAAAGCAAUUGGAAAUGAUUUACAAAAUAAUUGGCUUUACACCUUCGAUCUUGCGUCUGGUGAUGGCUGAUGGAGUUGAAAUGUCUAUUCGGCAAGCUGCCGUUAUCUAUUUGAAAAAUAAUGUUAUUGCUUAUUGGAGUGACAAAUCUAAUGGACCUGGUCUGGACAAUGAUUUUAAUAUCCACGAAGCUGACAGACAAAUCAUCCGUGACUCAAUAAUUGACGCUAUUGUUAUGGCUCCUGAACUUAUCAGUGUUCAUCUCGCUGUUUGUGUUAGCCACAUUAUCAAAGCAGAUUUCCCUGGAAGAUGGCUCGGGCUUGUUGACAAGAUUUGUAUCUACCUUCGGCAUCCAGACACCAAGUGCUGGAUGGGUGCAUUGUUAGCUUUAUAUCAAUUGGUUAAAAUUUAUGAAUACAAAACUGGCGAUGAUCGAGCACCAUUAGAUGAAGCAAUGAACCUCCUUUUGCCUCUAAUUUAUCAACGUUGCGGACAACUUUUAGGUGAUCAUUCGGACCUAUCUAUUUGCCUUCAGAAACAGGUGUUGAAAAUAUUUCACGCCUUUACUCAGUAUUCAUUCCCUUUAAAAUUGAUUAGUAAUGAAAUAUUUGCCCAAUGGAUGGAGUUAUUUCGAGUUAUUCUCGAGAGACCCAAGUUUCGUAAUUUCGAACAAGAAAGAGAAGAAUCAAACUGGUGGAAGUGUAAAAAAUGGGUACUACAUAUACUGUCAAGAGUUUUCGAAAGAUAUGGUUCACCUGGAGCAGUGUCGAAAGAAUACAAUGGAUUUGCUAAUUUUUAUAUCAAAACAUUUUCCGGGUGUGUUAUCGGGCUUCUGUUGAAAAUAUUAGAACAGCAGGGUAACAAGCAUUACGUUGACUCUAGAGUUCUUCAGUUGACCUUGGUUUACCUAAGUACAGCUGUUAACCACGCCGUCACAUGGAAACUGAUUAAACCGCAUACCAUGCUUAUAGUUCAGAAUAUUUUGUUCCCGUUGAUGUGUUACACCGACGAAGAUGAUGAAUUAUGGACAACUGAUCCUCAUGAAUACAUCAGAAUGAAAUUUGAUGUUUUCGAAGAUUACGUUUCACCUGUUACUGCAGCACAAAAUUUGCUUCACAUGUUCUCUCUUAAAAGAAAAGAAAUGCUACAAAAAAUUUUGGCCUUUGUUUUCCAAAUUUUAAACGACUCGAAUUCAGAUGCUCGCAUGAUUGACGGAGCUCUUCACAUAGUUGGGUCGGUAGCGGAUAUUUUAUUAAAAAAAGAGAUGUACAAAGAUCAAAUUGAAGAGCUUUUGGUCACUUACGUAUUUCCCUAUUUUUCAAAUCAACACGGUUAUCUCCGAGCUCGAGCUUGCUGGGUCCUAAAUUAUUUCUCAGGAACUAGAUUCCAAAGAGAUUCUAAUUUAGCAAGCGUUGUCCGUAGUGUUGAAAUGUGUCUAAUGCACGAUAAAGAAUUACCUGUUAAAGUCCAAGCGGCAAUAUGUAUCCAAGGUAUCUUGACAUCCCAAGACAAAGCUCAGAAACUAAUGGAGCCCAAUAUAACUCCUAUUUCAUUUGAGAUACUAAACCUCCUUCGAGAAACUGGAAACGAAGAUUUAACUUCAGCUAUGCAGAAAUUGGUUUGCUUGUAUCCAGAACAAAUGAUGCCCAUAGCUUUUGAAAUUACACAACAUUUAGAACAAACUUUCUAUCAAAUUUUGGAUUCGAGUGCUGACGAAGAUAAUGAAGACAAAGCAAUGACCGCAAUGGGAUUGCUAACAACUAUUGACACCAUCUGUACAGUUAUGGAAGAUCAGAAAGAGAUAAUGGCACAAUUACAACCAGUUGUUGUUCGAUUGGUCGUUAAAAUUUAUCAAGAAGAGUUAAUGGAGCUGUAUGAGGAAGCUCUAACUCUUGUAUGUACUGCCACCACCAACAGUAUAUCACCUGAUCUUUGGAAAAUUUACGAACUUAUGUACCAGGUUUUCAAAAAAGAUGCUUUCGAAUAUUUUGGGGAUAUGAUGCCAGCUUUGCACAAUUUCAUUACCGUGGAUCCUCAAACUUUCGUCAACAAUCGUAAUCAUGUUCUUGCUAUGUAUGAUAUGUGCAAGACAGUUUUAAACAAUGAUGCCGAAGAAGAAGCUGAAAGUUAUGCAGCUAAACUAUUGGAAUGUAUGAUUCUUCAGUUUAAAGGUCAAAUUGAUGAAUGUAUCAGACCAUUUGUAGAACUUGUUCUGACUCGACUUACUCGUGAAGUCAAAAAUACCAGUCUACAACAAAUUUGUCUACAGGUCAUUAUUGCCGCUUUCUACUAUAACCCUAUCCUUUUAUUGAAUAUUUUGAACGAUAUGCAGCCAAUCGAUUCAAAUCAAUCGCUGUUUACACAUUUUAUCAACCGCUGGUUAAGUGAUAUAGAAUGUUUCAAAGGAUUACAUGAUAGGAAAAUCUGUGUUUUAGGUCUGAUAACUUUAAUCAGUUUACCACCGGAGAAAAGAGUUGCCAUUAUCAAUGAAGCGUCACCUCAAUUAAUGCCCUCGAUCUUAAAACUGUUUGACGGUUUGAAGUUAGCCUAUCAAUCAAAAGCGAAUGCGGAAAAUGCUGAUGAGGAAGAUUCUGAAGAAGAACUGGAUGAAGACAGUGACGUGGAAGCUUUGGAGGAUGAAGAAGACCAUGUUGCUGCUGCCGAUUACCAUAGUAGAAUAUUAGGAAAAAUAAAUUCCCCCGCCUGUCCUUUCCCAGUUACAUCAUCUUACUUACGAGAUGAUGAGGAUAUCAGUGAAGACGAUGAGGAUGAAUAUAGUGAUGAUGAAGAGGCUGAUUUCGUUCAAACUGCCUUGGAAAGCUAUACCACACCAUUGGAUGCUGAUGAUACAGACGUAGAUGAAUAUGUUAUUUUUAGAGAAGUUCUCGAAAUGUUACAAAAGAAAGAUCCCAAUUGGUACAAUGUUUUGAUGUCACCUUUAAAACAAGAACAACAAGAGGCUUUACAAUCCGUUUUCAUUUUGGCCAGUCAACGAAAAGCCGCAGCAGAAUCACGUAAGAUCGAGAAACUCGGAGGUUACAUGUUCCACACUCAAACCGUGCCUAGCUCUUUCAAUUUCGGAGGAACACCUAUUGUAUAGCUUUAAUGUAUCCAUUGACAAUUUCUUUGAAAAUCUUCCUCGCCUCAAUAAUCAGCCAUUCUGGCCUUUUCUGAAAAAAAUCAUUCUCCUUUUUUCUUUCAUACUAAUUUCCUUUUUUGUCAUCUUGUUACCACGUUCCUUUUUCCACACCCUAUCUCUCUUUUUCUCUCAUCAUCACUUUAUGGAGAUAAUUUAAGUAUGUGUUGGCUAACUUUAAUUUUGGUUCUUACAGCCAUUCAAAGACGAGUUUACAUUUUAAUUGAAAGGCUUAAUUUGCUUGCAAAAUAAUAUUCACAAUCUUUAAUUAAAUCAAUACAAGGCACAGUUGAAGAUUUUUCUUCGUUGCCACUUGGUUUGUUAAACGUUUGAGACUUUCCUUAAAAUUAUUUGCCAUUAAAAUUUGAUAGUUGAUAGAGAUACUAUAAAA